UUUGCUGUGUGGAAUUUUUACUGGAGGAUGGCGACAUGGCGACCGUUCCAGUCCUAUGGGUGAAGAACAGGAGGUACAUUAAGAAGAGCGAAGGAGUCAAGGCUGUGCGGGGGAAGUGCUACUGGCCUCCUAGUACUGUCAAGGGUAAAAAGCUGAGAGACCUCGUUACUGGGCAAAAGAAGCCGGAUACAUCAUCAUGGACGACACACGAUUGUGAGGUGUUGCAGUAUGCUUUCACCGUAAAGGAGUGUGACGAUUGGCUAAAGAAUCAUUCGGGAGUCGAAAAUGAAGGAAUGGAAAGUGACGCUUCGAGCGACCACCCCUAUGCAAGGGACAAAGAGAAGAAAUUAAGGUUAAAGAGAAGGAAUGGACCAGCCAGUAGCUCGGAAUCAUCAGACGACGAGCUGUUUGUGGCCGGGUUGGGCGACCUGCGGUCCAACCAGAAAGAUUCGCUGAGUCCUAAUGCGGUUGCUGCUGUUGUGGAUGUUGUGGGUGAUUUGGGUUCGUCGGGUUUUUAG